GGAGGUUGGAGUGGAAGCGUGCGCAUGCGUAAUAUGAGUUUUACAGUGCGAAAAACAAUCCUACCCAGUGCAGUGGGAAAUUCCAAUGAACUGGUGCAGAUCAACUGCUGUUGGAGAGCACUGGUUCGCCACAAGAUGCCUCUGUCUCUCCAUUACUAAUACCAGUGUGAAAAAGUCACUGCUGUAAAUAUUUCUCUGGUGGCUAAGAAUGAAAAACGGAGAUUGCAUCUUCCCUUUCAGAUAUUUCUCUCACCUUGUCUUUGGGAAAGGAAAUGUGAACAAUCCAGUGGAAAAAUAAAUUUUAUCAUUUUUUAAGAUCUGCAACCUUUUCAUUGUAUUUGCUGCAGAAAGCUAACAUGAUGUCCUCUCUAGAAACAAUGUCCAUAUAUACCUUGCAAAUUCACAGAAUUGCAGAGUCAUGUUUUUAAAAAGGUGAAGUGUGAAGCAGUCAACAGGUAACUGGUUUCUGCAUGAAAGCAAUUGACAGAUACCAAUUGAGGGUGUGUGAGAUUGCCAUCUAUCUACAAAGAAGAUUACUAGAAAAACCCAGUGCAUUUUUUUCCCUUUUGGUGGAAUUAGAAUUUUGAAAAAGAUGCUGCGUCUAAGCUGGAAUAGCCACCCGAAGCUACUAUGUCACUGCAUGGUUUCUGAUCUGUAUUUAAAGUUGUUUCUCUCAAGAAGCUUCACCAUGACCUGGAAGGCAUGGACCUUCAUGCACUCUCUUGUUGGAAAUAAGAACAUUGUCUUGAUGGGGCCUCCAGGUGCUGGAAAAACAACAGUAGGAAAAAUACUAGGUCAGAAGCUGGACUCUAGUUUCAUAGAUGUAGAUGAUGAUGUUCUUGAACCGACCUGGAAUAUGACUGUGGCAGAAAAAUUAAAGAGCAUUGGGAAUGAACGGUUUAUAGAAGAAGAGGGAAAAGCCUUGUUAAACCUUUCAGCAUCUGGAAGUGUAGUGUCCCUUUCUGGAUCUAACCCAAUGAAUGCUGCUAGCAUGGAGCACGUGAAGAAAAAUGGAAUAGUGGUAUAUCUGGAUGUACCCACAGAAAGCAUAAUGGAUCGUUUGAAAUUAAUGAAGGUAGACCGUAUUGUGGGACAGGGUCAAGAAACAUCGUUAGGAGACAUUAUUCAGUUUAGGAAGCAAUUUUACAAAAAGUGGUACGAUGUCCGUGUUCUCUGCGAAAAUGGGAUUGCAGCAGAGAAUGUAGCAGACAAAGUGCUUCAUGCUGUUAAGAGGUAUCAAAAUUCUGAGCUGGAAUGCUUCAUUUCCACCCGUGCCAUUAAGGAAGAUAAAUCAAGGAGCUUUGUAAAAUAUUUCAGUGAUGUUCUUAUUGAAGGACUGGCCCCAGAUGGUGGUCUCUUUGUUCCUGAGUUGGGACUUCCGAAAUUCACUACUGGAGAAUGGCAGCAUUUAUUAGGAGCAACUUACACCGAAAGAGCUCAGAUUAUAUUAGAAAGAUGCAUACAUCCUGAUGAUAUUCCUGCUUCCAAAUUAUGGGAAAUGAUUCAGAUGGCAUAUGGACAAAAUUUUAUGUGUUCUAAAAUCGUCCCAGUUAGACAUCUGCAAGGGAAUCAGUUUCUUUUGGAGUUGUUUCAUGGACCAACAGCUUCAUUUAAAGAUUUGGCUUUACAGUUACUGCCCCAUCUGUUUGCAUACUGCAUUCCCCAAAGCUGCAAUUAUUUGAUCUUGGUAGCAACUUCUGGUGACACAGGAAGUGCAGUUCUUAACGCUUUUGGUCAACUUAAAGAGUCUGAUAAACAAAGAAUUGCUGUGAUCACAUUCUUUCCUCAUGGUGGAGUUAGCCAGAUACAGAAAUUCCACAUGAUCAGCUGCCAAGAAGCCAACACAAAAGCCAUAGGGGUCCAGGCUGAUUUUGAUUUUUGCCAGACUGCCAUCAAACAAAUGUUUACCAAUUCAGAUUUUACUGGCUUUCUCACAGUGGAAUAUGGAACGGCGUUAAGUGCUGCAAAUUCUAUCAACUGGGCACGCUUGCUUCCCCAGGUGGUUUAUCAUGCAUCAGCUUAUCUGAACCUUAUUGAACAAGGUGUUAUUUCGUUUGGGAGCCCCAUAGAUGUCUGCAUUCCCACAGGUAACUUUGGCAACAUACUAGCUGCAAUAUAUGCAAAGAACAUGGGGAUCCCUAUUCGGAAAUGUAUCUGUGCUUGCAAUCAAAACAAUGCCUUGACUUCAUUUUUAAAAACCGGCUUGUAUGAUUUACAAGGAAGGCAAUUAAUGCCAAGCCUGUCACCAGCAAUAGACAUUUUGAAGUCUUCCAACCUUGAACGUUAUUUACACCUGAUUGCUAAUGGUGAUGGACAGCUAGUGACACAGUUACUUCUCAGUCUGGAAAACCAGCAGCGCUUUCAUUUGCCGGAAGAGCUCCUGCAGAAGCUUCAACAGGAGUUAGUGGCUGAUUGGUGCUCUGAGGAAGACUGCCUGGGUGCCAUACACUCUGUGUUCAAUUCCACAGGGUACAUUCUGGAUCCACACACAGCGGUUGCCAAAGUGGUUGCAGAUCGACUUCAAGACAAAACUUGCCCCGUUGUCAUUUCUUCUACUGCUCAUUAUUCUAAGUUCGCACCUGCUAUUCUACAGGCACUGAAGAUUGGGGAAAUAAAACAGACUCCAUUAAGCCAGCUCCAGUUGUUAAACUCAUAUAACCCUUUGCCUCCUGUCCAUGGGGGCCUAUUAGAGAUGCUGCGAAAGAAUGAAAAACCAAAGUAUGAGGUUUGUGCUGGUAACGUCAAUGUCCUUAUGGAGCAUGUGGAAGGCUUAAUACAAAAUCACUUCAUAAAGGUUUUCUAACUGCAAGAUAACUUGGUGGUGCUGACCAGGUAUCCUGUUUUUUAUUUUCUCACUACUCUGUAUGUUUUAAUAAAUGUUUAGUAGAUACAGUUAACUUUAGUGAAUAUUUACAGUGACAAAUGCCAAAUACAAUAGAAACAAAACAAGUAUACUGUAACUGGAAAAAAGAUGAUGUCAUAUUCCCAAAGGAGAAAUUGUUUGGAAGAAAAAGAAAUCCGAAUGGAAAGUAUUGUUCAGGGCCUGCUGAGAGGAUUACUACGUAGAACACAUCUGCGAAUGAUGAAGGGGCAUUGAAGGAGACUAAUAAUAGAAGAUGAUACAUUCAUAACUGCUUUCUCCUGGUUACCAUUUCAUCUUUCAGAACUGGAGGUCCAAGCAUGGAUAUUUCACCAUUGUACUUCUACAUCUGUAGCCUAGUGUUUCUGAAUUUUAACAAGUUUAAGAUCAAUGGACUUCAAUCCCCAGAAUUCCUAGCCGACAUGCUAACUGGGAAAUACUGGGAAUUGAAGUCCGUGAAAUUUAAAAUCGAUGAGGUUAAGAAAUACUGCUGGGUUUCUGGAUUGCAUUUAGCCAUACUUUGUUUUAGCUUUAGCUUUUGGAAAAAGUCAUAAUGGUGUAGUUCACACAAAGUACAUCUUUUCAAGUGACAGUGGUUGAAUUAAUGUUUCCUGCUAAUGUAAAAACAGGCUUAAUUUUGCUAGAGGACAGCAAAGCUUGGUAUUUGUUCAAAUUUUCUGAGCCUGCAGAGGCCACAUUAGAAUGUGGUGUGUUCUUGUGUUGCCUCCAGAUGCUCAAAAUUGUGCAAAGGGCUGUGCUGUUGCAUCAGAGGUGGUAUUCAGCAGGUUCUGACCAAUUCUGGAGAACCGGUGGCAGAGUAGUUCGGAGAACUGGCAAAUAC